AUGCUGAGAAACAAGCCUGUUCUCCCGCUUAUUCGGGUUUGCCACGUGUUUCACAUCUUUUCAGAGACUCCGAGCAACAAAAGGUUCCUUGACUUCCUCAAAACGGAGAAAUUGUAUACAAAAAGGGAGCUGCAGCUGCAGUUUAUGUCCGAUAUAGGCGUGCUAAACAUGUACAGAAUAAGCAAGUGCGCAAUAAUUGGGGAGUUUAUCUUUGAGACGGAAGAGUCGCUUUCCAUCCAAAGAGAGAUCCUGAAUACGCCAAGCCACGACGAGUACAUGAGGUACCAUAAUCUGUCAGCAAGCGAAAAGAAGGCCCGCAUGGACUACGUUCCCUGCACGGAUACGUCGGACAAACUGCACAAAUACAUUCCUCCCAUGAGCAUUCUCUCUGUAUAUAAGCCCAGGGCCAACUAA